AGAAACAAAAGCAUAUUCCUGGCUGCUCGUCCGUUCCAGCACCAGCAAACCUAACAAUCUCUCCCCCCGCGACUCGCGAACCACCCAGCCCCAGCGGCCAGCGCAGCGCAGCCGCGGGAGGCAGGGAGAUCCCGCCGGCCGGCCGGCCCAACCACCGCCGCAGCUCGUUUCCCCGCGCGACGCCCCGGAUCUCUUCUCGGCCACCGGCGGGAGCGGGCGGGGCGAAGAUGUUCUACGGGGCGAUGGUGUGGGAUCCGUGGCUGAUCGUGUCGCAGAUCGUGUGCCUGCAGUGCCUCUACUACCUCGCACUCGGCCUCCUCAUGGCGCUCCUCGUCGGCACCCGCGUCCCGCGCCUCACCCUCCUCUACCUCUUCGACUUCGCCACGCUCACCCCGCGCACCGCCACCGGCUGGUGCGUCAUCGCCUCCUUCCUCCUCGCCGCCGCCGCCGGAGCUGCUUUCAUGCUUUAUGUGAUUGAGAGAGCUAAGAAGUGCCUGGACUUUGCAGCCACCCUCUACAUUAUUCAUCUGUUUAUUUGCAUUGUUUAUGGUGGAUGGCCAGCUUCAGUUACAUGGUGGGUUGUUAAUAUUGUUGGUUUGGCGAUCAUGUCUCUUCUUGGUGAAUACCUAUGUAUAAGGCGGGAAUUAAAAGAAAUUCCAAUAUCACGGCUUCGUGCAAGUGUUUAAUCUUACAGACUAAAGGAGUAUAGAUGGCUUCCAAAUGCUGUUACCCCCCAAGGGAUGCUUGUUAAUAUGUUUCUUUAGGAAUAGAAGAGACUCGUGAUACAUGUUUUCCUCUCUGGUUUACAACCAAUACUCUUCAAACUUGCAAGGUGAUGCAUGAUCUCCCAGUAAAGCCACAAGAUAGAGACUGAGUGCAAAUCAAGGCUUCUGAGGCCAAGCAUAGGAAUGCCAACUCAAUUUUAAAGCAUGUAUUCAACUAUUCAAGUCUUCUCAUCUAUAUGGAUAGUCCCGUUCAAUUGACAAAAAAGGAGACUACUUGACAAUUUGUAUGGCUAGAUACAAACACCUUUGAAACCUGUGUUCUUUAGUCUUAGAGUCUGUAUUGCGCCAUUCUAUUCUUCUGUAGCUUUAUCCUGCAGAUAAUAUAUCCAGUUUUCCUGUGCUUCCCCCUGUGCUCAUUCCAACAGAGUUCAGUUUGGCCACAACACAUGACUACUGAAACAUCCAUCCAAAGCAUGUUGUCUUUCUGAACGCCGUAUGGUCAUGUAUAUCGGUAUGAGUGCCCUGUGUGUUACGUGAAAGGUGUUGACAUGAAUUGGAUAGAUACAUGCUUGGUACGACUUGUAAUCUCAAUUUCAGGUGAACUCCAGCUAAAAUUUUAAAAAAUGGGUGCCCACUUUUUUUUGGUUCCGUAGUUCACUAG